AUGUUGGUAUGCCGUUUCUACUGCCCAGUGGGGAGCAUCAGUCCAUUUUCUUGUCCUAAGGGGACCUAUGGACCAGCUACGGAUGCUUUGUCCAUUGACAACUGUCUGAAGUGUCCUCCCCACCACUACUGUCCCAGACCAGGUUUGUCUUCCCCCUACUUCUGUGGUCCCAUGGCUCAGCAGCCUCUCCCAGGACAGGACACAUGCAUCUGCCCAGGAGAGGGACAGAGUUUUCAGAUCAGUAAUGGAUGGUGUCAAUGUACCAUUGGCUACCAACCUGCCAACAAUGGAGAUGUUUGUGUACACAAACGGUAUGAAGUCUGCAGAGACGGACAAACACGUACACAGCAUGGAGACUGUCUGGACAAACAUCAGUGGUCACUACACUGCAGACAGGUGUGCCAAUCUGCAGAAGACUACCAGGGCUAUGAUAGAGAGCUGGGUCUGUGUGUCUGUAGAGAGCCUCCUGGAAGAGCUGCAUGUGGCAGUCUGUGCAGGAACAGGUCGGCUGCAGAGCUGCAGCUCCAAUGCCAGGCCAGGGGAGAUAUGGAACUGGUGUGGAGCUUUGACAGUAAGGUGUCAGGCGUCUCUGGCAGCUUGCUGGAGACAGCUUUUAAACAGUGGGACUCC